CUGAAUAACAUGCACAUGCUGAUUACUGGAGGAGAGGCUGAAGGACAUCCUGUUUUGAUUUAGCAGUGGUGUUAUUCUUUGGGGUGAAAUGAAGAAUUUGAUUCUGUUUUGGAAAUAUUCAGAUUUCUAACGCAACUCAACUUCAGUAGCCUUUUUGCCAUACAGAUUUCAAGAAAUGAAUUUUUCUUAGAGGCGCAGAACCUGUCACUAGUAGAAAGUCUUACUGACCCAGACGCAUCCCACCGGAUGUCUCUAAAAGACCUCGGGGUUGAAGUAGGUGGUAUGUCUCUUGAGGAAAGCGACUGUAACACAAAUGAAAGGACAAAUAAUGAAGAAAUUCUUAAUCUUGUCGUAAUGCAGCAAAGCCUCCCAGUAGUGAAUAGCAAAGGGCGAAGUUGUGAGGGGCUUUCUGCGAGCAGUUACAGUACCUCAGAACCCAGCGGUUCCUGGGGUGAUUUUGAAGGCUUCAAGGAGUCCUUGGACAGGUCAGAGAGAUUCAGUUAUAAUCUUGAAGUUUUGGUGAAGCCAACAAAAACUUCUAGAGUUGAUACGGAGUUAAGCAGCGGACAUAGCAGCACUUCUGCUGGUCACUUUUGUUCUGAGCCAUCUGCGCAGAGUGGGAUGCAGGAGGCUUCGAGCUCUCUAACUGAGGCAAACCACAUCUAUGAGGAUAUAUUUAAGUUGGGCUUUCCAGAAGUCUUUGUAUCGCAGUCCAGAGAGAGGAUAAGAGGCUUAAAUGAAGUACUUGAUACAGAUAAUGAAGAUGUUGGGAUUCCUGAACUUACGAAGAAUCAACUUUGCAUUGAUUCUGGAAACAUAUGGAGAACACUUAGAGGCUUUGAUAAUACCCCCAGCUUAAGACAUCCCUGGAGUAAAUCUCAUUGCCAAGAAAACCUCUUGAGUGUUCUUGGAAUAGAUGCAAAUCAAAAGGACUUUUCAGAGAUUCAGGAUGACAUUUUUGAGGAAUCAGAUGUUAAAGAUAACGAGGAUUUCAGAUUCGAUGGAUUCAGCAUUAAUGACUGCAAAGCACUGAUCCAGACCAAGCUUUCUGUAUCACCGGAUUCCAGACAUGGUCAUCUUUUCACCUGUAACCUCUUCUUGAAAACCACACUGUCAAAUGGAAACAUGCAGUGUAUAACCAUCCCAAGGAAGAAGCACAUUUUCACUACACGCAACCUAAAAAUGAAAUUUUUCAGUAGUGAUGUUUCUUGAACCAAAUGCACUUUUAAUUUUUUUUUUUUUUUCUUUUCUUUUUGACUUGAAUGCGGUUUACCUUAAUUCUGUUACUGGCUUGGUACUAUAGACUACGUAUGUUCUUUAGGAGUGUGACAUAUAUGAAGUACCUAAAGCCACACUAUUAGAAUAUAUUUAUCCUGUUUAGUUAUGAAGUCAAAGGUGUGAUUUUGUCCUGCUAAGUUCAUCUCUCUUUCUUACAGUAAAUCGAGCUGCAGUCACACUUUAGAGAUGCUCUGGUGGACUGCUCUCCUGAACUACUGACCUUUCAGGCCUUAAUAUGGAUCAAAAACCUUGCUUCCCUGCCAAAAUCUAAACGUACCUCAGGGGUGUUGUAAAGUGUGCCUUGUCGCCACCUCUCCUCAUAUUUGGUCCGGUUUGGAUCAGCUGCGAUCUCUUACUUUGCCACUGCUGACCGUAAUGAGAGGAGCCUUCUGCAUCUGGUGGCUUUCGGAAAAUAAAACUGUUUUAACUUUUGAUAAAGCCUUACUGUGGUAACAUGGGUAGAGUCAGUGCAAGGUUUUGUUCUGGCAGUGGUUCCUAACAGAAAUAAAUCACCUUUCUGGAGCUGGUGGUAACGGGAUUUCCUGGAUCCAUUCAGCUACCAAACACUGGCACCACGCGUAGCCAUGCUUCUU